GCAAAACAUCCACACCUUUUGGACACCAUAGAUAAAGAAAAAAUUAAGUUGUCAAAGAAACGUCCAAAUGAAGAUUCCGUAAAUAAUUUUCCAAAUAAAUAUACAUUGGAAAGAUGGGGUGCUGGGAGUUCAAUGGCUACUCAAAAAGGACUGGAUAAAGCAAUACUACAGUUUAUUGUUGAAAAUAUUCAACCUCUGUCCAUUGUAGAUAGUCCAUCAUUUAUCAAUUUGAUUAGAAUUGGACUUCCUUCACAUGUUAAUAUAAUGUGCAGAAAGACAUUAAAAGAAAGACUUUGUCAAAUGUAUCAUAGAAUGAAGAAUGCCCUGGAAAAAAAGUUGGCAGAAAUAGAAAUAGUUGCGACAACGGCAGAUUUGUGGAGCAAAGGAAAAAGAAGUUACUUAGGAAUUACUGUACACUGGAUUAAUCCUGAAACUUUAGAGAGAGAAUCGGCUGCACUAGCUUGUCGCAGAAUAAAAGGCAAACAUACAUACGACGUUUUAGCUCAGGCAAUUAGUUCAGUCUUUCUCGAAUACCAUAUCCAAAAUAAAGUAUGUGGUACAACAACCGACAACGGAUCAAAUUUUGUUAAAGCCUUCCAAAGUUUCCAGAAGGAUGAAGAUGAAGAAUCUAUUAAUACAGAAUUUCAUAGUCUAAGUGAUCUUUUAAUUAUUGAUGAUGUGGAAAAUAUAGAUCCAGAAAGUUCAUUUAUUCUUCCACCACAUCAUAGAUAUGCAAGUCAUACAUUGAAUCUUAUAGCAGUGAAAGAUUGUGAUAAAGCUUUAGACAGUGAUGCUGUAUACAAGAAGAAAUAUAGAAUGACAUUCGCUAAACUAAUAAAACUUUGGAAUAAGCAAAAUCAGUCAACACAAACAGCUGAUAAAAUAAAGGAAAUUUGUAGUGUCUACUUAAAAACUCCUGUAAUUACUAGAUGGAACUCUACUUUUGAUUCAGUACUGCAACUAGUAAAACUUUUGAAAAAUGAUUCCGAAAAAAUUAAUCAGUGUCUGGAUUAUUGCAAUUUGCAAAGACUAACAGAAAAUGAAAUUAAAUUCCUAGAAGAAUAUUGUCAGAUUAUGGAACCUUUGGCCCGAGCCUUGGAUAUAAUACAGGGGGAAACAGGGAUGUAUAUGGGAUUUUUACUACCAGGUCUGAAAACUUUACAAGAAAAAAUGGAAAAAUUCAACAAAAACGGAUUUACCCAUUGUCAGGCGCUUAUUACGGCUAUUCAAGAAGGUUUAAAUAAAAGAUUCUCGACAUUAUUUGAGGAUAAGAACUUAAUCAUCGCAAGUUCUUUGCAUCCGAAAUUCAAGUUAAACUGGAUAGACGGAGAAAAAAAGAAGCAAGCUAAAACUUAUUUAGAAGAAUUAUUCGGUAUUAAAUCUACUGAAAGUUCCCCAGUUAGUGAAAAAUCCAUCGAUCAUGACGAUUUUUUUCAUUUUAACCAACGAACAAAAGAAACCGAAUCUUUACAAGAAGAAUUAUACCGUUUUCUAAAGUUCAAUAGUUCCAAUGUUGACAUGUUAAAUGAUUAUCACAGAAUAAAAAAAUUCUUCAUUAAAUAUAACACGGCACUCCCAAGUAGUGCUCCUGUCGAACGAAUGUUCAGUAUUGGUGGUUCCAUAGUAACGCCACAGAGAGGGAAUUUACACGAUGAUACAAUCGAAUACCAAAUUCUGUUAAAAAUUAAUAAGAAUUUUUAUUAA